AUGUCAUCUCUCUUAUUUCUCGCGCGGUUUGAUUUGCCUUCUCCUUCAUUAUUUUUAAAACGCGCUUCUUUCCUUUUUUCUUUCUUUCCUUUCUUUCCUUUCUUUCUUUCUUUCUUUCUCCUUACUUCAAGUUUUUCUUUUAAUCUAUAUUUCUUUCACCCCAUUCUUCCAUUUUAUUUUCCUUCUUUUUUAUUUGCUUCUAUACAAUUAUUUUCUUUCUUUUUUGAUUUUCUUUCUUUCUUUCUUUCUUUCUUUCUUUCUUUCUUUGUUCGUUCGUUCGUUUAUUUCUUUCUUUCUUUUUUUCUUUCUUUCUCUUAUUGCUUUGAUGCUACCUGCCUGUCUCUUUCCUCCUUCCGUUACAUUUUCUUCCUCUUGAUUUGCCUUUCUUUCUUCCUUUCUUUCUUUCUUUCUUUCUUUAUUUAUUUAUUUAUUUAUUUCUUUUCUUUUCUUGCUUCGCUUCUAUCUGCUUGUCUCUUUCUUCCUUCCGUUUUUCUUUUUCCUCUCGAUUUAUAUUUCUUUCUUUUUUUUAUCCUUUCGUUAUCUUUGUUUCUUUGUUUCGUUGUUUCUUUUUCUUUUUUUCUUUCUUUCUAUCUUCUGACUUCCUUGAUUCCUUCCUUUCACGUUCUUUUUGUUUGUUUGUUUGUUUCUUUCUUUCUUUCUUUCUUUGUUUCUUUCUUUCUUUCUUUCUCCCCUCUUUCUUUCUUUUCUUUCUUUUUUUUAUAUUUCUUUCAUUCUUUCAUUAUUUAUUGCUCCUUUUUUCCUUUCACUUUCCUCUGUUUCAUAUUUCUUCUCUCUUCCUCUCUCCUUCAUUCAUUCUUACCUUCUUUCUCUUUUUACAUAACCCCUCCCUAUCUCUUUCUAACCCCCUCUUUAGUACACUUCUUCUAUCACGUCCACUUGGACCGUGGUCUCUCUUUGUCCCUCUCCGUUAAAAUCCAGGAUAACCAUUAG